AUGUCCGAAACAUCAGCUGACCCCCACGAUUCCACACGAGGGUUCUUCUUCGCCCACUUCGGUUGGCUCAUGAUGAAGAAACAUCCCCAUGUCAUUGAGGAGGGCAAGAAGGUCGACAUGAGUGAUAUAACCGGCGAUCCCAUACUCUCUUUUUAUAAUAAACACUUCAUGUUCUUCAAAAUAUUCUGCUGCUUUUACCUUCCAACUAUGGUACCGGUAUGGUUUUAUGGUGAAGAGUUGUACAUCGCAUUUUUGGCUACUCUCUUACGAUUCCUUUAUUCGACGAACAUAACAUCCAGCGUGAACAGUUUUGCACAUCUGUAUGGAAUGAGGCCUUAUAACAAGCAUAUAUCACCAGUGCAAAACAUCGGUGUUUCCAUUCUCGCAUACGGCGAAGGCUGGCACAACUACCACCAUGCAUUCCCCUGGGAUUACAAAUCCGCUGAGUUGCCAUAUUUCAUUAACUUCAGUACUCUUUUUCUCGAUGUUGCAGCCUAUCUGGGACUUGCGUAUGAUUUGAAAACGGCAUCUCCUUCACUUAUCGAUGCUGUCGCUCAAAGAAUGGGAGAUAAUAGCCGAAAGCAUCGCAAGAAAGAGAUUUAA